CUCUUAGCUUUUUGUUGCUGCAAGUGGGUUCUCCGUGGUGAUUGAGAAAAACAUGCAAAUUUCAACCUUUGAAAUUUGGUUGCAUGAGAAAUCUUGUAGCAGUAAAAAAGGAGUUGAAAAUGCAAGCAAAGUGCAGGAAUUCAAGGAUAUUGGGCUGUGGAUUGUGGCUACUUUCCCACUCCGUGAUUGCAGUCCGACCAUGAUGAGCAUGCCACUUCUUCGAUCGAUCCAUCUUGGGCUACUUGCACGGAGGGCAAGCAGGAGAUUCUAUAGCAAUGCCAAAAGAUCAGUUGCAGAAAACAGAGGGGAUCUCCAUGAAAUAUCUGGCUCAAAUUCGAGGGCUGCAUUGAAUGAGGAAAUAGCAAUAGGGGUCCCUAAAGAGAGAGAUGGCAUCUGCAUAUACAGAGUCCCCAUUAAUAUACGUCAAGCGGAACCAAAGGCCUAUUCUCCCAGUAUCAUCUCCAUCGGCCCCUAUCAUCAUGGAGAGGAGGGACUAAAAAAAAUGGAAAAGCUCAAAAAGCAAUCCAUUGACCGCCUCCUUCAGUCUACUCAGCCUAAUGGAGUCAAAUUAUAUACGGUGAAGAAUGCCAUGGAAGAAUUAGAACAGGAGGCUCGUAGCUGCUAUGAGGAUGAAAUUAAGAUUAGCAGAGAAGAUUUUGUGGAGAUGAUGCUGGUUGAUGGCUGCUUCGUCAUCGAGCUCUUCAGAGAGUUAAAACAGCACAACUUCAGAUAUGCUCCAUCUAUUCAAAGGUGGAUGCUGCCAACUCUUCGCCAUGACAUGAUUAUGCUAGAAAACCAACUGCCAUUCUGUGUUUUGCAGAAACUGUUUGAGUUGACAAGCAGUUCGGCAGAAUCAAAUACUUCUCUGAGAGAUCAAGCCCUUCACUUUUUUGUCCCGCUGCUUCAAGGAGAUCCAACUCUAAAUUGCAUCAGUAAAGAAGUAACAGGGAGACACUUCUUGGAUCUUCUCCGGUCUAGUCUCCUCCCUACCGCAGAAGAAAAGAACAGGACAAGUGAUUCCCACAAGAGCACAGAAUGCAAAGCAAUGGAAACAAAUUUAACUAACACGAUGAGGUCUGCAACAGAGCUGGAGAAAGCAGGGUUCAUUAUCAAGAAAGGUAAAGCACGCCUUCUAGAUAUAGACCUUGAAAAAGGAUGGCCGAAUAAAAGGGUUCUGAAAAUCCCUCCUCUUUACAUUGAUGAUUACAAGGGAACUCUGUACCGCAACAUGGUAGCAUUUGAACAAUGCCACCGUGAGUGCAAACCAUAUGUUACAUCGUAUUUGUUCUUCAUUGAUGGUCUAAUAAACUCAGCUGAGGAUGUAGAACUUCUUCACCACAAAGAGGUCAUCCACCAUUCUCUAGGUCGAGACAAAGAGGUGGCUGACCUGGUCAAUAGCCUCUGCAAGGAAAUAACAUACGAUGGUUAUGAGUCAUAUCUACAAAAAGUUGUAUCUGAUGCUAAUAGCCACUAUCAUAGUAAGUUUGCUCAGAUCAGAGCUAAAUCGGGGCACCAUUCUUCAGCAGCUUGGUCGUUGGCAUCUCAAGUCUUGGCAUCUCGACUCGUGGACGUAUUUUUAAAGUAGUCAAUAUCGUACCGGUAUGCAUAUUUUGCUACUGGAACAGUACAAAUAUCAAAAUUUUUCAUGUAUCGUUUUGGAUUUAUCGUUAUAAAUAUAUAUUUUUAUA